AUGCAUGCGGGUGUUUUUUCGCCAACACAAUCUCCUUGUGCUUGCCUGGACUUGAUCCAUUCCGCCCGUUUCACUUUUCAGAUCAUGAAGCCUUUCCGCUUCCGCCACGUCUUGUUUCUUUUGCACAUGCCCUACACGUCUCAACGCCUCCGCGUCCAGUACAUACAGUACGUACAGUACAUGCUGCACACAAUGUGUGCCGUAGACCUUACAGUAGCGCUGUACGGCGUACAGCACUACUGUAAGCCCACUGUCCACAAGCCACACCAAAUAGUGUUUGCCAAACACAUCUACUGUAAUUCAACAAUCGCUUUCCCAUCCCAUCUCCUCCUUGUUCUUGGCAUUCCUCUUCGCCUUCUCCGUCAGGAACUUCCUCCUCCCCUUCAAGAACCCCCAGUCCCCCGCGGGCACGAGCUCCUUCAGCCCGGCCUCCACGUCGGCGGGAAACAGUCGAACCAUAUUCCAGAAAAUCCUCGCCGACACCUUUGCCAUCUCGGCCGCCCUGAGUCUCUCGCGAUCCUCCUCGGCCUUCUCCCCGUCGAGCACAUCCUGAAACGCCGCCGCGAGCGGCUCCCUGCCAUACACCACCACCAUCUCCCCCGCCAUAUCCGCCACCCACUUAUCCCCCGCGACCACCUAUGGAGGGCAGCGUCGCUGAGAUUUCCGCCAUGA